GCAUGAUUAAUUUUGUGGACUGCAUUCCGGAUCACUUUCUAGUCCCCCCUCGGUGUGUCCGGAUCUUAUCACCGCCUCUGCCGGCUCCGUUUCCUCCAGCAGCCCCGCAGAUACGUGGCAGCUUCUACCUGAGCAGCUGAUCUCUGACCCGGAAGCGCUUCUAUCGGCACCAAACAAGAGGAUGGUCCUUUAGCCUGCUAGCUCGCCGCUCACCUUGUUGGGGAAGCUGCAGUAGUAAUUUUGACCGCUGAAUGCGGAAGAAACGAUGCUGGGUGUUGGAUGUCUUCACUGGAAUGUUUACGAACCGGGUUUCUGUGUUUAUGAAGCCUGAGAACCGGGGCUAGUUAGCCGGAGCUAGUUAGCUUAGCUGAAGCUAAUAUUAUUGAGGCCGGCGGCUGCAGCGUCUCGGAGCAGGUUAACGUGGAUGUUUGGCUCCGUUUGAGACCACAGAAACUCGUAGCGGUUGUUAAAUUAACAGACAACCAGUGGAUAUAUUUCUGGGAAUGUUAGUUCACCCGUCGAGCUCAAAUAAAAGUCGCUGCUAAAAGUGUAGGUGGAUUUGAUGGUUUAGCUAGCUAGUAUAUUAGCCGAAGAGAAAAGUGCAGUCAUGGACGAUUUUAGCUCGAUCAGCCUGCUGUCUCUGGCGAUGUUGGUGGGAUGUUACGUGGCCGGGACGAUACCUUUAGCUGUCAACUUCUCUGAGGAGAAGCUGAAGCUGAUCACAGUGUUGGGAGCUGGGCUGCUCUGUGGGACUGCACUGGCUGUUAUCAUUCCUGAAGGGGUCCAUGCACUUUAUGAAGAAAUACUUGAAGGUGGACAUCACAGCCACGGUCAGGUUGGAGUUGUGGAUGCGGCCGAGGUGAAGAGCGAAGCAGAAGCAGCUCUGAGCGCCGCUGGGAAACACGAACACAGUCAUGAGCAGCUCCACGCCUGCAUCGGAGUGUCUCUGGUCCUGGGCUUCGUCUUCAUGCUGCUGGUGGACCAGAUAGGCAGCUCUCAUGUUCACAACACUGAAGAUCCAGAGUCAGCAAGAGUGACUUCCUCCAAAAUCACCACCACGCUGGGUCUUGUGGUUCACGCUGCAGCUGACGGUGUGGCGUUAGGAGCUGCUGCCUCGACUUCUCAGACCAGCGUUCAGCUCAUCGUCUUCGUAGCCAUCAUGCUCCAUAAGGCUCCAGCAGCGUUCGGCCUGGUGUCGUUCCUGAUGCAUGCUGGUCUCGAGAGGAAUCGCAUCCGCAAACACCUGCUGGUCUUCGCCUUGGCGGCUCCCGUCCUCGCCAUGCUCACGUUUCUAGGCCUCAGUCAGAGCAGCAAAGAGGCUCUGUCGGACGUCAACGCCACCGGUGUCGCCAUGCUCUUCUCGGCCGGCACCUUCCUCUACGUGGCCACCGUCCACGUGCUGCCCGAGGUGGGCGGCGGCGGCCACAGCCACGCUCCUGCAGGCGGGAAUGGAGGGAAGGGACUGAGCAAAGUGGAGGUGGGAGCGCUGGUGCUGGGCUGCCUCAUUCCUCUGGUGCUGUCCGUCGGUCACCACCACUAGGAUCUCAGGCGGGUGUACAGGAGGGGAAAGAAGCCGAAGCAGAGACUUCAGACGUUGUGGAGUUAAAUGUCUUGUCGUGGACUGAGGUGGACCAGGGAUGUCUUAUGACUUGAAAAUUGAAAACGGGGGGGGACGAGUUGCUGCAGUGACGGACGAGCUCCACGUUUUAUCUGCUGACUCUGACAACUAAACAUGAAAACAGCUACUGUGUGUUUGCAUUCAUUCCACCAGAAGUCUUCUUUUUUUUUGUUUUUUUACACGAGAAGGAAGAGAUGGAGCUUUUAGUUCAGUUACUUUAGAUCAAUGUGGAGUUUUUGCCAAAAGUCAAGCCCUGAUUUCAAUACGGUGAUCUUUUACUAGAAGGCAGCUGCACAGCGAGAUUUAGAUCGAUAACAACUCACUUUUUUAGAAGAAUUGUACAGAAUUUACAUCUAAAAAGCAACCAUGCAGAUGAAUUUGAACAGAAUUGAAGUGCCAUAUUAGCAAGUUUGAAAUGGAUCCAGGAAGAACGAGUUUAUAGAAGACCUGAAAUCAGGAAUAAAGCAGAACACGAUCAGCCAGAUGCUCUUUUAAUUUGAAUGAUGAGUUUGUCUACCAAGGGAAAAGUCUGUUUCCUGGCAUGAUAAGACUCUCGUCUUCUAAAUCCUGAGCCCAGCGUGACGACAACCCAUUCAUUUUCACUACAAGAACUGUCCCUUUUUUUAUUUUAUGUGGUAAUUUCUGUUCUGUUUAACCCUGGAGAUUAACAGUCGUACAGAUUGCAAAGAAAAAUCUGUAUAGAAUCGUCUGAAGUGAUUGUAUAGAGUACGUUUAUUUAGAGGUGGAGGGUCAUUGUGAAUGAGACUUGCCUUAUAGAGGGCAUUAGCUUGGUGGAUACCUUCAGGUACCGUCGGCUCAGGAGAAUUUCGAGCUUUUCUUCGUUUUGAUUCUAGUCGUUUCACUCCUCAUUGAUUAAUCAUAGAUGAGCAAUAAUCAUCAAACAGUGAAACUGGGGCGCUUUCCUUCUGAGCAGGGCUCGUUAUGCGAUUCGCACAUCGAGAUCUGAUGGUUAGAAGCUCUUGAACGCAGCCUCGCCCCGACUUCCUCGUCUCUGCUCCAGCACCAUUAAGACGGUAACUGGUUGGAUGCAUUAAAGUGUAAGCAGGCUGCUCCCUCUUCAAUCAGGACACGUGGACUUCUGAGCGUUAAUGUUUCACUGUGCCUGCUCACGGCAGAGCUCACGUGUGUGUACAUGUAUGUAAGUAUGUAUGUAUGUAUACUGUACAGAGCUACUUCUUCCCUCCACAGUCAGCACGGUUUCUGGUGUGAAACGGAACUGCUUACUCGCAAGUACUUUUUUUUUCUACCCUGAUUUUGUUUGUUUGUUUUGGAUGUCAUUGACUCAAGAGACUACAGACUGGCAGGAGUCUCAGUUUAACGUGUAAAUUCAACAGUUUUACACACGACUUGUCAGUUAUUUCCAGCUGAUGUGAGGAGAACAAAAGCCACGGAGAUGUUUUCAGCUUCUCGGUGAGAGGAGGAGACCAGCAGCUGCUGGGCUGUUUUGUGUUUAUGAGAAGCUGUUUGUGUGUACAAAAGGGAAAACCCUCCCUCUGCUGUGUUGCUUUACUGUCAGACAUGUUGGUGGGAGCCUCGUUGUGUGCUUCUCCUCUCUCUGAAUGCUGCUGCAUCAGAAUCCCUGCUGAGAUUUGGAGUUUACACCUCAAAAAAAAAAAAAAAAGCCCCUCAAAUUCCCUCGCAGUCUUUUUGCUUAUGUGUGUUAGAGCUGCAGCUAUCUCUUAUUCUGCUGAUUAUUUUCUUGGGUAAUCUUUCAAUUUAUCCCUCUUUAAUUCCAUUUUAUGCAUCUGUCACUGCAGUUUAAAGUCCUGCAAAUCUAUGGAGACAUGACAUCGUGGGCAAAUGUGCUUCAAAAGCUAAACUGUAAAUCAACUAUUAAAGUAAUUAGCAGAUGGGUGAGGUAGUUAAAAAAGGUUAAAAAAAAACAAUUGGCUUUCCUGUUUGACUUUUACUUGUGCAUUAAAAGUAGGGCUGCAACUAAGGACGCGUCCACUAAUCAUCUGAGCACGAUGCGUCAUCAAAAGCGGAAGUGAGCGCGCAAUGCAAAAAAAUCACCGUCCGACCGGAGCGCGUAACACAGACGACAUCCGCGCUGCAUCGUGAAUACAUAAUAUAUGCACGAUGUAGCGCGGAUGUCCGUCCGUGUUCCGCGCUCCGGUCGGACGGUGAUUUCUGUUGCACUGCGCGCUCAUUUCCGCUUUUGAUGACGUAUCGUUCUCAGACGAUUAGUGGACGCGUCGUUAGUUGCAGCGCUAAUUAAAAGCACCUUUAACUUUACUAAGCACGAUAGAGAUGUCCCAAAACAGACUUCUGUCCUAAAAUGCAUGUAAAAACUUUUUUUUUUUUUUGUCAGCCUUUAUUAGUUAAAAUUAGUGUUUUGCUUCGGGCCCAGAAAAGAAAGACAUUAAAGUUUGUUAAUGUUUCAUCACUGAUAUCUGUUUUUGAGCAUCUGUUAGUUGAAGGUGCUUUUGUUGCAUUUUAGGAAGUUCAGACAACAGUUUGAACCAAAUAUGAUCAUUUUAGUUUGAAAUUCAAGUCCAGUGUUUUGUUAAUUUUUGAUCGUUAAAGCAGCUCUAACCCACAUUGGUCUAUACAUAUGCUGAACAGAUUAGGUUACGCAUGUGUGCAAAUAGAGAAAAGUAAACUAUAAAUCCUCUGAGGUGUCUGCAGGUGGAUCUGAUGCUCAGGCUGAGAGAUGGCGGCACAUUUUGGGGCCGAUGACGGGGAUCAGAAAAAGCAGGUUAACAGUUGGUUGUAAUAAUAUCAACAGAGGUCGGUGUGUUUCAGUUUUGUUUUUCUGUCAUUCCAGAAUGAGUCUGCCUUAUUUCCAUACUUUUGAUUGUGAGAAACGGUUGUAAAGCGGCGUUGUUUUAUGACGACUAAAUUAAAGUUUUUUAACUGGUGAAAACA